AAAACUGCAAUAUCAUUAGACAGAGCUUCGUUUUAUUUAGCAAAUGUUUAUAAAUUGUUAAAAGCAUUGCAAAUAAUCAUCUAAAAUGACCGUGACUGCAGCUCCAACCACGGAGAGUAUACGCGAAAAGGCGCUCUCUGACUACCGAAAGAAAUUGCUGGAGCACAAAGAAGUUGACGGCCGCCUCAAAGAAAAGCGCGAGGAACUCAAGGAGCUGACCAAACUGUAUGACAAAUCAGAGAAUGAUCUGAAAGCGCUGCAGAGCGUCGGCCAAAUUGUGGGCGAGGUGCUCAAACAAUUGACCGAGGAUAAAUUCAUUGUGAAAGCGACCAAUGGACCGCGCUAUGUGGUUGGUUGUCGUCGCCAGCUGGACAAGGCCAAGUUGAAGUCGGGCACGCGUGUCGCCCUGGAUAUGACGACGCUGACCAUAAUGCGCUAUUUGCCACGUGAAGUCGAUCCGCUUGUGUACAACAUGUCGCACGAGGAUCCGGGCGAUGUUACCUACUCGGCCAUUGGUGGCCUCACCGAGCAAAUCCGCGAGCUGCGCGAAGUGAUCGAGCUGCCGCUGCUCAAUCCGGAACUGUUUCUGCGCGUCGGCAUCACACCGCCCAAGGGUUGUCUGCUCUAUGGACCGCCCGGCACGGGCAAGACGCUGCUGGCGCGCGCUGUUGCCUCACAGCUGGACGCCAAUUUCCUGAAGGUCGUCUCCUCGGCCAUUGUGGACAAGUAUAUUGGCGAGAGUGCACGCUUGAUACGUGAAAUGUUUAACUAUGCCCGCGAUCAUCAGCCCUGCAUUAUAUUCAUGGAUGAAAUCGAUGCCAUUGGCGGACGUCGUUUCUCUGAGGGCACGUCUGCGGAUCGUGAAAUUCAGCGCACCCUGAUGGAGCUGUUGAAUCAAAUGGACGGCUUCGAUUCGCUGGGUCAGGUGAAAAUGAUUAUGGCCACCAAUCGCCCGGAUACGCUAGAUCCAGCACUUUUGCGUCCCGGUCGCUUGGAUCGUAAAAUCGAAAUUCCAUUGCCCAACGAGCAGGCGCGCUUGGAGAUUCUCAAGAUUCAUGCGCUGAAGAUAGCCAAACACGGCGAAAUGGACUAUGAGGCCAUUGUCAAGUUGUCGGAUAACUUUAACGGCGCCGAUUUGCGUAAUGUCUGCACGGAGGCGGGCCUCUUUGCCAUCAGAGCCGAACGUGAAUAUGUUAUUCAGGAGGAUUUCAUGAAGGCCGUGCGCAAGGUCUCGGACAACAAGAAGCUUGAAAGCAAAUUGGAUUACAAGCCAGUUUAAAAGAUUUUCUCUGCAAACUACUUAUAUAUAUAAAAAUAAAUAUGAAUAAUAUUAUG